AUGGAGACCAUGGACACACAGGCAUGGCUUGACUCAGAUGAGGAUUGGGAGAUGCAGAGCGAUCAUGGCGCAAGUGGCACUGCCCGGGAUCUAUUUCCAAGUGAUUGCUCUGACCAGAUGUCCAUCACCACCAUUCAGUCCGAAGUUGUUUUAAGCAACAAGGAAAAGCUCUUCGAUCUAGCUUUCAAGGAGUUCAAGAGUCAUGGGGGUGUCCGGCAAUAUCUGCAUCGUAUGUUUCCAGAUGUGGGUGCACGAGCUGAAGAUUUGGCAAAGGUGCUGCAGAAUGCAAUCCCCAAGUCACAGGAUGUGGACUAUGUUGAAAACUAUCCCUUGCCUUCUUGCUUUCCAGGACAGCAGGAGUCGCAUCCCGCCUUCGUGGUUCCACUGUGGCUUUUUAGCGUUCAGAAUGAAUCAAGCCUAAGGGAGCCGACGGCAUUGGACAUCUCAGGAAAGCUUCUUCAGCAGUAUGCCACUGACGGGUUUGUGACACAAGGUGAACCAGUGAUGCUACGGGUUCAGGAUGAUGCAGUGGUUCUUUCCAAGACAGCAGUUCCACCCGGAUCUUUGUGGUUCUUGAAAGGGGCUGCAAGGGUGCACACGGUUAUGGCCUUGGUGGUCUACUUGGUCAAGCACACAAACUGCACUCUUCAGGUUACUGACCCCUUGCUUUACAAGACCUUGUCUGCGAUCCAGUGCAAGCACAUGCGUUUGCAAAACAAGCAAGCGGAGCUGAAUGAUGAAGCUUCACGGGACGAUCGGCUGGCUGGUGCCAAGAAAAAUUCGGUGACAUCCAUCUUGGAUCUUCCCAAUCAAUGUCGUGAAGUCUUACUGGCAACAGUGAGUGAGUUUGGCUUUGAUGGUUCCCCCUACACUGAUGACAAUCUCGGCAGCAAGAAGUACCUCCCCGGGUAUUCCUUCAAAGGGCGCGCAGUGCCCCGCAAGUCCCCAUGGGUGGAACGAGGCAAAGUUACCAAGGACAGUUGCCUGGCUAUGUUUACCAUGAUCCACAGCCAGCACUGCAAGAAUCCAGACCGCAAGUUGCUGAAGGCCCAUCUGGAGGAGAAAGCUGAGAUUUGCGCGUUGGCUUGUGCUUUGAUCCAGGAGGUUGCGGCGGAAGUCCCAAACUCUGAGAAAGAACUUCGGGACCGGUAUUUGUCCAAACUUCAUGCUGGGGAUGCGAUUGUGGAAACCGAGCUGCGGAGUGCUCUGAUGACAAAAAGUGAAAAGUAUGUUGCCCGAGACAACACAAGUAUUGCGAGCAUCCUGAAUGACAUGGGUGGCAAAAGUGGCCCAGACGGUACUUCCAUAGAAUUGCAAUCGGCAGUGGAAAUUGGAGAGCAAAAGGUUGCCCAUCAGGCCUACCAGUUGUUGAUGACGGAGUUGGACUUUGAUGUGAAGAGUUGGCGAGUUCACCAGCGAAAACUGAAGGAAUAUGACGUACGACUCUAUCACCAGAAGGAUCGGUGGCAAAUCGAUAGGCACCAGGCAGCCAAAGCAGGAGCGGCGAAGAUUCUGGACAAAAAGGUUUUCACCAUCACCUGGCCUGAGAAGAUCCUGCCCGGCACAGCCGUAGAGAUUGUGCAAACUAUGGCGGCUGAUUCCAAGGCAUGGGCUCACACCCUCAAGUGCAACCAUGUUAAUGACAAGAUGAAUGAAUGGGUGUGGCGAAACUGUGCCCUUGCUAAGAACGGGAGAAACCUUGAUGAACCUGCUCAGCUGUCACAGAAGGACCUGAUCCAGAUUGAGGAAGCUGACAAGCUCCCGCUUUCAAAUGUUGAUGACCGAGUGCGUGGUGGAACAAAGUAUGCGCAGGUUGGAAAGGAUGCGGCCCUUUCGUUGUUUAAGAGCAUGACUGAAGGAGUGACCUGGUCCUCAGCGACCUGCCUGUACAUCAUUGACUACGUCCCCGUGGUUGGUGAUUUCGCACAUGCGGCUUUGAUGCUCAGUUCUUCCUUGAAUAUCCCUGUGCGAUAUGCAGCACUGCUUGAUUCUUCCCAUGAGGAAUGGCUUUCCGACAGCUUGAUGCAGAGUUUGACUGACCAGCUCUUGGCAGGACAAGUACAACCCCCGAAUGGCAUCACCAUUCCAGCGGCAGAUCCACCUCCUGAGCACAUGGACCAAAAACCUGACCCACCCCAAAUGAAGAAGAUGACUUUCAUCAAGGUGGAUGGUGAAGUUGCUGGAAUCCAGGUUCCCGAUCAGGUGUGCAUUCCAGAGGGUACCAGCAUUUGCGGGUUCGGCCGGGGCAAUUUUCGAUUUGGUGGUGAGCAGACGGCUGCUCAAGACCAUGAGAUUCACUACUUGAUCAAGUCAGCAGACCAAAUUGUGAUCAUGGAUGGGCGCGCGCAUUACCUUGGUGACCUUUUGGAGGCCCAGCGGUUGAAAGCCCCCGAUAAGCCAGGUCUUCAGUACUACGAGGCGACACUGGAGAAGGUAGAGCAGAAGUGGGAAUUGAAAAAGGUGAAAGACUUGCUGUUCACACCGCGCAUGGAUGAGGCCCUGCAGCCAAAUGGCCAUGUGACGAGCCUGGGACUUUGGGUUCCUGAGGCGGUGGGGGUGCCAGACUCUGCUGGUGUGGCUUAA